AGGACUCUUGGCGGCGGCUACGUUCUCCUCCUCCUCUUUCUGCCAGCGCUCCCGGUAGUCGGAGAGCAGGGGGCGGGGGAAGAGGGAGACGAGUUCCGCGCGGGGUCUGAAGGAGGGAGCCAGCCAGCCAGCUAGGUAGCAAGCAAGUGCGGGAGGCGGGCGGGAAGGCGAGCCCGGCUGGCUGGCUGGCCGGCCAGCCGGAGGAGUAAGAGACAGCUGAAGAAGAGGGAGAAGGAAGGAGACGGGAGGGAAAGAAGGCAGAGGCAACGGGGCCGGCACCACUGCCACCAUCACGCUUCCUCCUCCUCAGCUACCGUCCUUCCCGGGAGGCUGCGACUCCUCGGCCUGGCGGGCCCCCAGACAUCCAAUCGGUCGGCCAUGCCGAAUAAAAACAAGAAGGAGAAGAGUCAGGAACCUCCAAAAGCAGGCAAAAGUGGCAAAAGCAGCAAAGAUGUACAAGAUAAUCUGGAUAUUGAGGUCUCAUGCAAAAAAUCGAAUACUGUAUCAUCUGCAACACAGUUAUCUAAAAUCAAAGCAACCUCUACACAAGCUGCAGCAAAGAAAGAAAAACGGCAGAGUUCUUCAAAAUUUAGUAUUACGAGUAAUAGAGAACUCCAAAAACUGCCAGCUUUAAAAGAUGUUCCCCCCGCUGAGCAAGAAAAGCUUUUUAUUCAGAAAUUGCGACAAUGUUGUGUCCUUUUCGACUUUGUUUCUGAUCCACUAAGUGACCUGAAGUGGAAAGAAGUAAAGCGAGCAGCUUUAAGUGAAAUGGUAGAGUACAUCACGCAUAAUCGCAAUGUAAUUACUGAGCCCAUUUACCCAGAAGUAGUACAUAUGUUUGCAGUUAACAUGUUUCGCACACUACCCCCUUCAUCCAAUCCAACGGGAGCAGAAUUUGACCCAGAGGAAGAUGAACCAACUUUAGAAGCUGCCUGGCCUCACUUACAGCUUGUAUAUGAAUUUUUCUUAAGGUUUUUAGAAUCUCCAGAUUUCCAACCCAAUAUAGCUAAGAAAUAUAUUGAUCAGAAGUUUGUAUUGCAGCUUUUAGAGCUUUUUGACAGUGAGGAUCCUCGUGAAAGAGAUUUUCUUAAGACUACUCUGCACAGAAUAUAUGGAAAAUUCUUAGGCCUAAGAGCUUACAUCAGGAAGCAAAUUAACAACAUAUUUUAUAGGUUUAUUUAUGAAACAGAACAUCACAAUGGCAUAGCAGAAUUACUGGAAAUAUUGGGAAGUAUAAUCAAUGGAUUUGCCUUACCAUUAAAAGAAGAGCACAAAAUUUUCCUUCUCAAGGUAUUACUACCUUUGCACAAAGUAAAAUCACUCAGUGUCUAUCAUCCACAGCUGGCUUACUGCGUAGUUCAGUUUUUAGAAAAGGACAGCACACUUACUGAGCCAGUGGUGAUGGCGCUACUCAAAUACUGGCCAAAGACUCAUAGUCCAAAAGAAGUUAUGUUUUUAAAUGAAUUAGAAGAAAUUUUAGAUGUUAUCGAACCAACUGAAUUUGUGAAGGUUAUGGAACCUCUUUUCAGGCAGCUAGCAAAGUGCGUCUCAAGUCCACACUUUCAGGUGGCAGAACGAGCACUAUACUACUGGAAUAAUGAAUAUAUUAUGAGCUUAAUCAGUGACAAUGCAGCUAAGAUUUUACCUAUCAUGUUUCCAUCCUUGUAUCGAAAUUCAAAGACUCACUGGAACAAGACAAUACAUGGCUUGAUUUACAAUGCUCUGAAACUCUUCAUGGAAAUGAACCAAAAAUUGUUUGAUGACUGCACUCAGCAAUUUAAAGCAGAAAAACUUAAGGAAAAGCUAAAAAUGAAGGAACGGGAAGAAGCUUGGGUCAAAAUAGAAAAUCUAGCCAAAUCAAAUCCUCAGUACUCAGUAUAUAGUGACACCUCUCUAGUGAGCAGUCCUGUUGCAAUGGAAACAGAUGGGCCUUUAAUUGAAGACAUGCAGGUGCUGACAAAGGGAGUGAAGGAAGAAGCUUGUCCGGGACAGACUGAGCAAAAAAGGGAACGUCCUAUAGUACGGCGCAAGUCUGAAUUGCCUCAGGAUAUCUAUACCAUGAAAGCCUUGGAGUCUCAUUGCCGAGCUGAGGAUCUACUAUCACAUGAUGGGCAUUAGACUAGUCAAGUGAUAUCUUAUUUGGAGAAAAACAAUUUUUUUCUGGACUCUGUUCCGCAGUAGAGAACUUACCUUUUUUUGUGCCAUACUGAUCAGUUACACACAAGUCAUAACUUUUGUUCAACCCCAUUCUGUUAGGCAAUAAUUUCAAUACAGUGUAAACAGCUCAAGAUAAGUAGUUCAAACAAUGGUGAAUUACCUAAUUCUGUAAUAAGAAACUUGAGUUGAUUAGUAUUAAAGACAUUUUCUUGGUGCUGUUGGCAUAGUACCAACCAGUGGGAAGCAUGCAUUUUCUCCAGUUAUUGUUGAGAGGAGAGCAAAUUAUCAAGCACUGCUGCUGAGCAACCAUUCAGAUAUUUCAGGCCUCUUCAAACAUAAUUAUUUGUUUGUAUAUUAAAAGCAGCUCUAUAUAGAAAAAGGCAUGAAACGAUAAUGUCUAUCAUGUUUCAUAUCCAUACAUGUGCUAGUAAAUUUAAAUCGGUUGCAGUUUCAGGUUUUUGUCCAUAAUAUCCACGUGCAUACAAUGAAAUGCAUAUGUGACAAUCUACACAGAAGUUCCAUGUUUUUUCCUAUUUCGAUCAGCUUAUAACAAGGAUAAGAUGAAGUGAUCUUGCAUGGCUUUUCUUAUGUAAGUCCACUGAAAUAAUGAAGGUUGCACAAGACCAGUGCCAGAUGAACGGAGAUUAUUUUCUUUCUCUUUCCUCUGUCCAUCUCUGCCUGCCAUUGGUACCAUGGCAAUGGUCAAAUUUCUCAAUUCAUAUAUAACUAUUGAGCAUUUUAUAAAUAUGGGGAGAAAAAUACCUGAAGAGAAAAAAAAAUUGCAUUACUGCCUUAAUAUAUUCUGGCAGUUUGGAAAGUUAUAAUUCUUUAUUACAGAAUGGUAAUUUUCAUGACAAUCUUAAUCACGUCUAAUUUCUAGAGAAAUGGUUGAAUCCAAAUUUGGUUCCAGAUAGAAGACACCGUUGGUUGAGUACUUUGUAUGGAUUGAAGCCAUAUUUUCUGGUCCGUUAGCAUGAAGUACAAAAUUAAUAUUUUGGAACUGAGCGGGUAGAGAAGUUGUGCUCCUAAAAAUAAAAAUAUGUCUGCCUGGGCUAAAAGUAAAUAGCAUUUUUAAAGUAAUUGCAUCUAUUUUUUGGUUUUAGAAUUAUUUAUCAAAAUGGCUUUCCCGUUUGUCUCUUUUUUUUUAACGUUUUUAGUGUAUGGAAUAUGUUACCUGCUAAGAAUACUUACAGACAUCAGGACAUAGAUUAUUUUGGAUACAUUUCCCUGGAUGUUAUUGUUUAGAGGGAUGCAUCUUGGAAAAUUUAGCAUUGAAAAAUCCCCUCUAAUCGCAUUCCAACAGUUUCAGAUACCUAUUUUAAAAGCUGAGAAGUUAGUUAUAGUAAUUCUGCUGUCAGUAUAUAUUUUGAUGAAAUAAGUGUCUAGACCAUGCACACCUCAAGAAAAAAAGAAAAUCCAUCUGUGUUACUGUUGAUCUUCAAAUGCUGCUAUGUAUUCCAAAACAGCUUGCAUGUUAUGAGUUUUCUUUUAUCUCUUCUAGAUGGGAAAGCACAAAUAAAUUUUCAAAAAAAGUAUUGUGCUUUGUCUUUAAUAUUUGAUUGCCCCCAGGAUAGCCAGUAUUUUAGACCUUAGUAUCUCAAGAGCAGUUUCAGAUCAAUUUGAUUUAGAAUAAGUUACUUUUUUUUCUUUUCUUAUCUCUACUACUAACAAAAUUUGCAAUUUCUUUAAAAUAGUUAUUUUAACAAAUAUAUCUUGAUCCAUAAUAAAUACUUUACAAAGCAGGCAUUUUGGGACCAGGGCCCUGGUUGGUCUCAAAUAUGAAAUGUCCAAGGUAUAUUGUGAAAAUUAAGAAUAGAUCAUAUCAGGUGAGAAUGAUGGGAAUUAGUGAUAAGAAAAAACUGAAUAUAAAUACCACUCCAAGCUUCAAACAAAAUACCUAUUUUUUGUGAAAAUAAUACCUGUUAAACUUGAAAAUAAAUAAUAUGCUUUGCCAUAAUGAAAUACAAAUAAUUAAAAGCAGUUUAAAUAUGUCUUCUCCAUUUUGAUGAGGGGAAAGGGUGCUUUUAUAAUUGCAUAAAGCAAUGUCUGUAUGUAUUUUGAUAUGCCAUUGUUUGAACUUCCCAUCUUUAGCUGAUAAUUUAUCGAAUAUCUUCUUUAUAAUUUGGCUGUUCAGUAGGUUCAUGAAAGAGGAUUUUGAGAAGAUGCAGUCUAAUUUUAACCUGGGGAAUGGGGGAUUGAGAAAAUAUUGUAUAUCAAUGUUUGGUUGACUGUGUAACGCUCAGCAUAUAAGAUCUUUUCACUGUCUAAAUUUUACUUUUGCUCUUUACUGAAGAUAAACAUUCACCAAAAAUCAACUAUUCUGGAGCAGGUAGCAUUAUUGCCAUCACAAUUUGUUCUAGAAAUAUCAGGCUAGUUCACAAACUUGCCUAAGCAAUACUAAGAUUUAGUAGUAUUCAUUUGUUUGGCUUCCUUCUUACCACCAUGUUAUGCUCUAUACAAGUUAUGUAUUAAAUUAUUGUUAAAACAAAUACAUCCCAAAUAAAGUGUAUAAAUAAAAUAAAAAAACAGUUUUGGUGAUUGUUACUCUUCAUAAAGUUCAGUGUUACCUAUCUUCCCAUGUUCUCCAGAACCUUAUGCCUGUACAUCAGGAAUGUCAAAAGAAUUACAAGUGUCUUCUUUUGUGUGGCUUUAGUAUGGCUUCAUUUUAAUAUUGUACAUACAUUGUACUUUGUUUUAUUGUAAUGAGUAAUAAAAAUGUAGACUUCAUAUUUUGUACAGAAUGGUCCUAUGUACAGAAUAAAACAUUCCUAGAAACAGCAAAAAAAAAAUAGGUAAGUGGCACAAUUUUUCUUUAUACCUGUAUCUUUAUGCUUUAGUGGAAUGCUAUGUUAAUGUACCAACAUAUUUUUAAUAUUUUGUAAUUUGGAUUUUUUGUUCAGACAUUGUUUAUGGAAAAACUUCAUACACCUGCCAUUUAAUAUGCUCUUUUAUCUAGUUUUUAAAUUCUACAAAUGGUGUAUUCUAUGGAUUAAAUAAAGAAGAAAUGGAAUUUUA